AUGGAAAAUCAACAGGCUGGAUCGCUUACCUGGCGGCUCAGCAGCCAUCCCAUCACUUUGUUAUGCUUCCUAGGCUUCCGAAUCUCAAGCCUAUUCGUCUAUCUCUUCGGUCUCUUCUUCACUGACAACUUUGUUCUCAUGUUCAUCAUCACCGUCCUCCUCCUUGCCGCCGAUUUCUACUACUCGAAAAAUAUAGCAGGCAGAAGACUCGUCGGCCUACGGUGGUGGAACGAAGUGGAUCCACAAACAGGAGAUUCACAUUGGGUAUUUGAGUCGGCGGACCCGGAGGCGCGGUCCGUGAACGCGACGGACAAACGAUUCUUCUGGCUGGCGUUAUACGUUCAGCCCGUGUUAUGGGUGGCGUUUGCGAUUAUUGCAUGCGUCAAGCUGGAGUUCAUUUCCUUGAGCUUGGUCGUUAUUGCACUCAUCCUGACGAUCACGAAUACCCUUGCAUUCUCACGAUGCGAUAAGUUCUCACAAGCGACGAAUUUUGCGUCGACCGCUAUGUACUCAAGCGGCCUCGCGAGGAAUAUUGCCGGUGGCGUGUUUAGUCGGAUGUUCAGGGGGUAG